AUGCGUGCCUCAUCUUUCAUCGCAGUGGCUGCUAGCGUCGCGUCCGCCGUCGCAGACACCACCACCGCCACAUCUUACCUGACGGCGACAGUCACCAUCACCAAGUGCAGUCCUGACAACACUGCCUGCCCGCUGUACACGCCCUCUACCAGCUCUGUUCCGACGACGUCAUCUUCGAUUUCAACGCCUCCUGCUUAUCCCACUACCUCUAUCGCGUUGAACACAACUACCAGCAGCAGUUCUUCUACCUCUUCAUCUUCAUCUAUCAUCUCUUCCACUUGGUACCCCAUCUCCAACUCCACCACUCAUGUUGGACCUACUGCCUACCCCAACGCUACUUCUAGCUACGUGAUCCCCACUACGUACGCUACUCUGACUUCGGUGGUUCCCACAACCCCGGCUGUUACGCCGUCGGCCUCCGCGCCCGCAGUCCCCACUACCGGUGCUGCUGGCCUGGUGUCUGUCCACUCGGGUCUUCUGAUGGGUGUCGUGGCUAUGGGUGCUGCUCUCCUAAUCUAA